ACAGCCAUUUUUAAAUUUAAGAAAGUAUGAUUAUUAAAUGUUUUAAAAAUAUAUUACAUAUUUUAUGUAUAUGAUUAAUUAUUGGAUUUUGAAUAGAUUUGUGGAAAUAAUAUUCCAUAGAGUGAAUAAGAUGCGCGAGCAUCUCGCUAUUGAAAAAAAAACUCUUGUGUGCUGUUGCCAGCUGAAGUAAUUGUCGUUGAUUUUCUGUUAGAUUUACAAGUUAUCUUCACAAAUGUGUGUCUGUUAUCUGUAUUCAUGUAUCCAAUUAGGAUAGGCAGUGAUGAAGUUUUACAAAUAAUUAAUAGUAAAUGUUAACAAACGACAAGUUAGAUCGCAAUAUCAAUCCAGUGUACGAAGAUAUCUAUAUUAUCGAAUGCCACAACAUUUUUUGCUACAUAUCUCGUUCAGUUAAAUUAAACAGUAAUGGCUACAGCUUCAUUUGUAGAAAAUGAUACAAUGCUCAAUAAUGAUGAACUCUGGAGGGAGUGUGCUGCUUGGCUUACGAGAUGGGAAAUACUCAGACCCGACCACAAAGCCAACUGGCCCUCUGCUUCCAUUGUAGAUCUGGCUAAUAUACUGAGAGAUGGAGUAUUGCUUUGUAAAUUGCUCAAUAAAAUUGAUCCUGGAUGUAUUGAUAUGAAAGAUGUUAACUUAAAACCUACUCUUGCCCAAUUUUUAUGUUUAAGAAAUAUAAAUUUGUUCCUAAGAAUAUGUGAGAAACAUUUUGGCUUAAAACAGGCUGAUUUGUUUGAAGAUACAAUGUUAUUUGAUUUGACAAAUUUUCAUAAAGUCUUAUGUACCUUAUCGAAGCUCUCUUUAUGUUCAAGAACCUUGAGAUCCAGAAUACCAGGUUUUGCUGCCCAAAAAUUGAAACGAGAAGAAGAAGUAAUUUUUCAAAGUCUCAAAAAUGUAGAGAUGCCAGUCAGAUCAAGGAACCUAGCCGAUCACCAUUGCGCUUUUAAUGUAGCUAGUGAGGAAAUAUAUCAAGAUUUAUGUCUUGACAAAACAACUGCUGAGCAACCCCAACCGACUGAAAAAAGGGAUUUCGUGAUAAAAGAAUUGUUAGAUACUGAAAAAAAUUACGUAGACGUUUUAGAAAAGUUAAGAAAAAAUUUUAUGUUACCAUUGACGAAUCAAAUGUCGCCCGAACAUCACAUGACUGUAUUUUUUAAGAUAAAGGAAUUGAAAGAUGUACAUUCAGAAUUUUUGGACGAAUUAUUAAAAAUUCGAACGCAUCCAAAUGUAAAAAUAAGUAAUAUUUUUAUGAGGUUCAGAGAGAAAUUUUUAGUUUACGGAAUGUAUUGUGCCAAUUUAACGAAAGCCACAUCAAUAUUACAAGAACUCUGCGAAACUCAAGAAGUUUAUAAUCAAAUUAUAAUUAAAUACGAAAAAGAGGAUAAUAACGGUAAAUUCAAAUUAAGAGAUGUCCUUUCCGUACCGAUGCAAAGGAUCUUGAAAUAUCAUCUCUUACUCGAAAAAUUAAUAGAACAUACAAGUGAGACACACGAAGAGUACAACGAUCUGAAACGAGCUAAGGAAGCAAUGCUAGAUGUAGCCGGUUAUAUCAACGAAGUAGCUAGAGAUAGCGAACAUUUAGAUGUGAUAAAUAAUUUACAAGACACCAUAACCGAAUGGAAUCUCAUGCCGAGUCAAAAAUUAACAGAUUACGGUAGAUUAGUUAAGGACGCGAGUCUCAGAAUUAAGGCACACGACGAUCAGAAAAAUAGGAAUAGAUACGUUUUUAUUUUCGAUAAAUGCAUUUUGAUCUGUAAGCAAUUGAAGGGUAACCAAUUUGCUUUUCGUGAUUUGAUAAAUAUAGCCGAUUAUCGAGUCGACGAAAUACACAACAGGCCGAUUUUAAAUAAAGAAGCGAGAUCGUUUUUUCAAUUUUGUUUGGUCAAAAACGAUAAUCAAAACGCGUAUACGGUUUCUCUAAGAACUGCCGAGCUCAAACAACAAAUUAUAAAAGCCAUAAACGACUGCAUAAAUAAUUUGAGACCCAAAUCACUGAAACAUACCAACCACAAUUUCGAGCUUCACACAUUCCCCCAACCGACUCAAUGUGUAUUCUGCUCCAAGUUUCUCAAAGGUCUCAUUUCUCAAGGUUAUAAAUGUUCGACUUGCGGUAUAAGCGUCCAUAAAGAUUGUAUACAAAAAUCGGGAAAAUGUUUCCAAACGUUACAUUUCAAUAAUUCCACAUCGAACGGUUUAAAUGAUCCGUUAAGUGAUAAACUUUGGUUUGUCGGAGAAAUGGAUAGGAAUAAAGCUAGUAUGAAAUUGGAGAGGAGGGAAAAUGGAACGUUUAUGGUUAGAUUGAGGCCUCAAAGCGGUCAAAAUGACAUUUAUGCUCUCACGUUAAAGACUGAUACGGUAAAACAUAUGAAAAUAUGUUGCGUAAAUGAAUUUAAUAGGGAUUCCAAAAAGUAUUACUUAUCUCAAUCGAAAUUUUUCAACAGUAUUGAAGAACUAGUGCUCAAUUAUCAAAAUUACGGCCUCAAUGAAAAUUUUAAAGGAUUAGCAGAAGAUACACGAUUACUAUGGCCCUUUCGACAGUUAAGAGCUAUAGUUAUUCGUAAUUAUGAUGCUAAAGAUCAAUAUCAGAUUAGUGUUAGGGGAGAUGAAGUCGUUACCAUAAUUGGGAAGGAAGGUUAUAAAGAAGGUUUUUGGAAAGUGAGAACUAUAAAUAGUGAGAUCGGAUUCGUACCCCAUAACGUAUUAAGAGUUGACGGGGAAGUUCGAUUUGACUGUUAACCAUCAAGUAUCUUCAAUUUUCAACUAGUCAAGCAAAAAAAUAUGUUAAAAUGCAAUAAUAGUUAGACAUACUCAACGAUGAUGUAUUUAUGUGUAAAUAAUUUAUGAAUGUUGAUUUUAUAGAAUUUUUUAUAGGUCCAAAAUCAUUUCUUAUAUAUGUCUAUUUUAUAUAAAUAUCAAAUUUAUAGCAUUAUAAACAGAAUAAAAUUAUUGUUCAUGAA